CGUCGCCGUGUGCGUCGCUGCGUGCGUGCCGUGCGCUCGCCGGGCACCGCGGCCUCGCCCUCGCCCUCCGCCCCUGCGCUUGCACCGCGUAGGCCACCCCCCCCCCUCCGCGCGCACCCCGCAGCGACCCCCGCCCGCGCCCCGGCCGGCCCCCCCUUCCCAAAUUUAAAGGGGGCGCAGCAUUAACUCCUCCCGCCUCAGGUGACCUCUCAGGGGUCUCCCCGCGAGAGGUGCCCCGCCGCUGAGGAACAUGGCGAAGGUGGAGCAGGUCCUGAGCCUCGAGCCGCAGCACGAGCUCAAAUUCCGAGGUCCCUUCACGGACGUCGUGACCACCAACCUGAAGCUUGGCAACCCGACAGACCGGAAUGUGUGUUUCAAAGUGAAGACCACGGCGCCGCGGAGGUACUGCGUGAGGCCCAACAGCGGGAUCAUCGAUGCCGGGGCCGCGAUCAAUGUGUCUGUGAUGUUACAGCCUUUCGAUUAUGAUCCCAAUGAGAAAAGUAAACACAAGUUUAUGGUUCAGUCUAUGUUUGCGCCAACUGACACUUCUGAUAUGGAAGCUGUAUGGAAGGAGGCAAAACCGGAAGACCUUAUGGAUUCAAAACUUAGAUGCGUGUUUGAAUUGCCAGCAGAAAAUGAUAAACCACAUGAUGUAGAAAUAAAUAAAAUUAUAUCCACAACUGCACCAAAGACAGAAACACCCAUGGUGUCUAAAUCCCUGAGCUCCUCUUUGGACGACACAGAAGUUAAGAAGGUGAUGGAAGAGUGUAAGAGGCUGCAAGGCGAAGUGCAGAGGCUGCGGGAAGAGAACAGGCAGUUAAAGGAAGAAGAUGGACUCCGGAAGAGGAAGACGGUGCAGAGCAACAGCCCAGGUCCCGCGCUCGCCGCGGUGGGCAAGGAGGAGGGCCUCAGCACCCGGCUGCUUGCGCUGGUGGUCCUGUUCUUCAUCGUCGGGGUCAUCAUCGGGAAGAUCGCCUUGUAGAGGCAGCAGGCGAGGGUGGCCGAUGGGAUUGGUGGGCCCGCCACGUCAUGGGAUUUAAAUUUACCAUAACCGUGUAUAAAAUUAAUGUAUGAUGACAUCUCACAGGUCUUGCCUUUAAAUUACCCCUCCCUGCGCGUGCAAGUGCACACACACACACAAAUGUAACAUAAUAUAACGAUCUUUUAGAAAGUUAAAAAUGUAUAGUACGUGAUUGGGGAAAAGAAUGAUCUUUGUUAAUGACAAGGGAAACCGUGAUUAAAUGAUAAUGGCAUGUUGUAAAUGUCAUUUUAGACAUUUGUAGCCUCGGUCCAUGUUGCUGGAUUACCUCUCUGAAAACGCGACACUUCCUCGCCGGGUGGUGCUGGCCCUCGGGAGCCGGAGCCCCGUGCGGUGGGAGCGCCAGCCCCUCCACAGCCACCCCGCUGCUCGCUCACUCCCCGAGCUGCCUGGCCGCGCGCCACCCCGGCCAUCAGUUCUGGGGGCUGAUGGACAGAGCCGGACGCCGAGAAGACUCGGGCCGUGGCAGCAUCGACAGACUUGCUGGGCAGGGGAAGGGGGCGGCGAGGGGGACUGACCGGCCCAGCACUUCAGGAAGUCAACGCUUUGUUCUCUCAAAGGGACCAAGCUAAAUUACUGUUGGUUCAUGUAGUGAGAUUGAGCUGUUACUCGGAAACAUUUAAUGCAUAUUUAACUUAUUUAAUGUAUUUCAUCUCAUGUUUUCUUAUUGUCACGAGAUUAUAAUGAAUGCUGUGGCCAGAGCCCAGCUGUGCCGCCCGAGGCUGGCGGCAGACGCUGGCUGGCGCUGUUGCCAGCGGGCCAGGGGCUGCUGCCUCUGGAGGGCUCGGGCUCUGCACACGUGUGGCUGGCGUGUGGUCC